AUGGCUCCUGAUGUCAUGCUUAGUGACCUUGCAGAAGAGUUGCUGCUACAACAGAAUCAGUUUUAUUUACAACAAAGUCCAAGAAAUCUACUUGGCCAUGGUCAGUUUGGAAGAGUCUACCAAGCAAUUUAUAAAAAUCAGUCUGUGGCUGUCAAGUUAUUUACCAACAUUGGAGAUUACCAUCCACGUAAGAUGCUGAGAAAAGAGGUAACUGUCAUGAUGCGACUAAAGCACCCGAGUGUUGUGUCCUUGUUGGCUGUUGGUUUACGUCCUUGCCUCAUAGUGAUGGAGAGAGCAGCUUAUGGUUCUCUAAAACAUGUGCUUGGCAACAGGAAAAGCAUGAAGCCGUUACUCAUUCAAAGAAUUGCUCUUCAGGUUGCUGAAGGCUUGAUGUAUCUUCACCAACAAAUGAUUAUAUACAGAGAUCUGAAACCUUCAAAUAUCUUGGUAUUUAGUUUGUGCUUGACGAGUUUGAUCAAUGUCAAAAUCUCUGACUAUGGUAUUUCCCAACUGAUUGCCCCCUAUGGCCUCACUGCCAAGGAAGGCACACGUGGUUAUCAAGCUCCAGAAGUUGCACGCAGAGAAAACUACUCAUUUCAGGCUGAUAUAUUCUCAUAUGGAAUUAUGCUGUAUAUGUUGUUGUCAGGAGGGAAGCAUCCAUUUGAUCAUCUCAAAGACCCCUAUGAAAUUGAACAGGCAAUUUUAGAUGAGCAGAGCAUUUCUUUGCCUUCUUGUAAAAAUGGUGGCACCUGGCCAGAUAUGCUUGAUAUACUUCACCAAUGUCUUGACCACAACCCAGACCGACGUCCAACUGCUGAGCAAGUUUGUAAACACCUGAAAAACCCAGAAACAAUUUCUCUGAAACAAAUAAUUCUGGUGACAAAGUCCUAUUCAAUUGAUUGCAUGAUUGUCACAGAAGAUACCAAUUACAAUCUGACCUUGUGGGUGACCAGUGGUAAUGACCAAAAUAUUCAGUUGUCAUGGUUGAAGCCAAAUGACAGUUCGGUUGAAGUUGCGGGUAAAAUCUUAGACAUCCACCGCCCCCUCUGCUUGCUUAGUGUCAACAAUAUUAUUUUGUUAGGAUGUAUUUCUGGUAGAAUUGAAGUGUUCCAUGCAGAUAAGAAGCAACACCUCCACAGCAGCAGCCAAUCAUUUGAGGCAGUAUUGAGUAUUUUUUGUUUUCAUAGAGUUAAUGAUUCAGAUUUAAUUCUUGCUGGUUCAGCUGAUGGUAGCAUUUCAGUUUUUCUUUUGGAGUCACUCAUUAAUGUUGAAGAUUGUAAACCACUAUUCAUUCAAAAGAUUCAAUUUCAUGAACCUGUGAUGUGUUUAUGCCAAUAUGACAAUGUUAUUUAUGCAAGUUGUGGAGAUUCUGUAUUCAAAUUAAAUUUACAAGUGGACAUCACCAAUCUGGAUAAAACCUGCCCUCAUUUUGAAAUUGUUAAGAUGAAGAUGGGGCACAGCUUGUUUCCUGUUAACCAAGAAAUUCCAAACAUCAACACAAUGGCUUUGUUUGAAAAACUGAUGUACAUUACUCGACGCAAUGAUUCAACCAUUGAAAUUUGGGAUAUUAUGAAGGAAAAAUAUGAAAAUUAUGUUAAUAUUUUCAAUUUCCUAACUGGAUGUGAUGCCAAUCAAGCAAGAAUCACAGCAACAUUACUUGAUCAAACCAACAGCAGAUUCUGGGUAGGCACUGGUGGUGGCCAUCUUGUUCUCCUAGAAUGUCACACCCUUCAACUCUUGAGAGUUAUUUGCAGGCACCCAAAUCCUAUUCGCUCAUUGCUUCUGUAUACCAGUCCAGAGCCUUAUGCAUCAACAGAAGAUCCUGUAGUUGUUUGUGGCACUUAUGAUGUUAGAAUCCAGCAAGGCAUACCAGAAGCAGAGAAAUAUGGUUGCGUUAGUGUAUGGGAUACUCAUAUAGUGGAGUACAUUGAAAGAUUUGAAGAAGAAGCACAAAAACGACAUGAGCUUACAAAUAUGACAAGCCACAUGUAA